GGGCAUGGUGGAGAGUCCUCCGAAACACGGCUUUUCUCACCUCGGUGGCGGUACCGUGACACCCCCUCCCCUCCACCCCUUCGCUGUGGGAACCCAGUCACUAGGACCAACCAGAUUUGAGACAGUUUCUGCCCUAGACAGCUGACCCCCUGUCUCGGAUGUGGCCUCAUGGAUGAGCUGGUACAUGACUUAGCCUCAGCCUUGGAGCAGACAUCUGAGCAGAAUAAGCUUGGUGAGCUGUGGGAGGAGAUGGCCCUGAGCCCCAGGCAGCAGAGGCGGCAGCUUCGGAAGCGCAGAGGCCGGAAGCGCAGGUCCGAUUUUUCUCACCUGGCAGAGCAUGCCUGCUGCUUCAGCGAAGCCUCGGAGUCAAGUCUGGAUGAAGCCACCAAGGACUGCCGAGAAGUGGCUCCGCUCACCAAUUUUAGUGACUCUGAUGACACAGUGGUGAGCAAACGGCACCCAGCUCUCAGUGCCAUCAUUAGGAGUAAGCCACAUCCUUGGCAUGAAUCUGACUCCUUUACAGAAAAUGCGCCUUGCCGACCACUCAGGCGCCGGCGUAAGGUGAAGAGAGUGACGUCAGAGGUGGCUGCCAGCCUCCAGCAGAAGCUGAAGGUGUCAGAUUGGAGCUAUGAGAGAGGCUGCAGGUUCAAGUCUGCCAAGAAGCAGCGUUUGUCCCGCUGGAAGGAGAACACUCCCUGGACCUCAUCAGGGCAUGGGCUGUGUGAGGCCGCAGAAAACAGGACUUUCCUAAGCAGAACAGGAAGGAAAGAGAGGAUGGAGUGUGAAGCGGAGGAAGCGAAGCAGGGCUCUGACGAGAACAUGUCAGAAUGCGAAACUAGCAGUGUAUGCAGCAGCAGCGACACAGGGCUCUUCACCAAUGAUGAAGGACGGCAAGGGGAUGAUGAGCAGAGUGAUUGGUUUUAUGAAGGAGAAUGUGUCCCCGGAUUCACUGUCCAUAACCUUCUGCCCAAGUGGGCUCCUGAUCACUGCACUGAAGUAGAAAGAAUGGACUCUGGACUGGAUAAACUCUCAGAUCCCACAUUCCUUUUACCUUCCCGGCCAGCUCAAAGAGGAUAUCAUGCUCGUCUGAAUCGGUUGCCAGGAGCUGCAGCUCGGUGCCUCAGGAAGGGGCGGAGAAGGCUGGCAGGGAAGGAGACCAGCCUAAGCAGUCUAGGAACUGAGAGGAUAAGCCAUAUCAUCAGUGACCCCCUCCAGAAAGAAAAGAAUAAAGCAUUGGCUUCUGAUUUCCCUCCCAUUUCUGCUUGUGCACAUGAGUUUAAUCCUCUCUCCCCCCUUUACUCCCUGGAUGUUCUUGCUGACUCUUCUCAUCGAAGGUGUUCCCCUGCACACUGCUCUGCCAGGCAGGCAAAGGUACACUGGGGACCACCAUGUUCACGUGACAUUAAGAGGAAGCGGAAACCUGUGGCCUCAGCAUCUUUACCUAGCUCUAGUACAGUGCACCCAGAUGUGUUGGAGCUAGCCACCCCAGCCCAGAAGCCUCCCCACUCCGAGUGGUUGGACGGGACCUCUGCAGCAGAGAAAGCCACUGCCUCAGCUCCAGCCACGUUUUUCAAAAUGCCACAUGAAAAGAGUUCUGGAUGCAGCUAGAGCCCAGUAGCUGAUAGGUGUUAUUAUACUUGGUAUUAUACAGCCUUGGUGUCCUAAUUGGCACCGCCGGGACCCACUCCUCUCCACAUGCAGUGGUGGCUCUUUCUUUUGGAAGAUAUUAUUCGGGGAAUCUUUUUCUGUAAAGCAACCGGGCAGCAGUUUUCUUUGAGGGGGGUGGGGCAUCUUCUGUUGUAUCCCUUACUCUGUUGUUAGCCCACUGUUGACCUUCGCUGCUUUCCUAGAGCUGAUGCUCCUUGGCAGCUGUGUCUUUGUUCUAGUAACAGCUUUUGCACCCCUUCUGCAUAGAGCUUUUACGAUCACCAACGAAGUCCCAAAUUCACAGCCAGUUCCAAACACUUCCUCCAUGGAAUGUGCCUCCUAUGCAGUACGGCUUGCCUUCGAGCCUUUAUUUACUCUGUGCCAGUAAGAUACACCAACCAAGUUCUCAGUUUGGGGCCUCAGAAGAGACACCAGCGUGAGGGGUUGGGAACUUGUUCCACUGGGCUUGCACAUAAACUGAGGGAUCACUGGCAGCUGCGUUGUCCUUGACCUCAUCUUCACGGUCUGUGCUCUCCUGGCAGAGGGCACAUCUAAGCUCAGAGGUUGGUGUACUAAAAUGCAGAUGGAGGUUUAGCUGCGCAGCAAAAUAGUCAGUGGCUAGUGUUCGCUUAGCGUUUCUGAUCCUGGCUUAAUUCUAUUCUGAGUGGGACUUCACUGUUAGUUAUCUAUAGAGUAAUGCUCUGCUAUCUGAGAAGGAAAAGUGUCUUUGGGACACGCCCCUGUGUGGCGUGUUUAUGACUGCUCAGCUGCAUGUAGAGCUGUAUGUAUGGUUGUGCCUCAAGUCAACGCUACUUUGUCAAAGUGAGGACUGUGUGACUGCCUGGAGCUGCUGGGGACAAGCCACAUUUCCCAAAAGUAUUCUCAAGAGCACCUGUCAUUCGGGGGCCUGCUUGACAGGGUGUUCUUACUUCAUAUCAACCGAGUGCUUUUACUCUGAAAUACACAGGAGCUGAUGUUAAACCCUCACUGCUUUGGUCACAUGGGACAGAACACCUCUCCCUUAGACAGGUGCCAGGUGGUCCAGUGCCUCGUUUUCCCAAAGUGUAAUUGUCCCUCCCACACAGUGUAAUUAAUGUGAGGUGGGCAGGCUGUCAGAGUGUGAGUCUAUAUGGAAAGGUUUUAUAGAUUCUGUGGACGGCUGAGCACGUACCAGCUGGCCAUGAGAGUGGUGAAGGGAGAUGCAGAUAGAGAUCAUAUAAUGGAGGGUAACACCGAAGCCUCCAGUCCCCCAGAAUCACCCUGAUUCUUAGGAGGAGUGACUGUCCUAUGGGGUGUCACAGCUACAUCCACAGAAGGUGGGAAUGUGACACUGUUUGAUGGCUCAGUGUUGAAAGUGUGCAUUCUCACCUAGACUUAGUUCCUGCAGUGGCCUGUGGAACACGGUUCUGACAUCCUGGCUUGGGCUAAGGAAGAGAUCUACUGAUGACACUUAAACCAGUUCAUGCAGACAUUGGUCCUGAUGAUGGCUUUUGAGACCGCCACAGUGAGGUGCAAAGAUAUUCCCGUAGCUCUCCUUUGUGGUCCAUGGUCAGGUCGUCCUCUCCUACCUGGGAUUUAAAGUAUAUAUACAUAUUUAUUUACACUUUAAAUAUCUCUCUGAAGCCAUGCCAAUUUUCAGAGGUAAAGGCAGACUUGCAUAUUGUAUUCAGGCACAUGAGUAAGCCCAAACAAACUAUAGACUUAGAUGCUAUUCUGCCCUGGGCUAUAUAAUCUGUGUUUCUCAUUGAUAUCCCUGGUCAGUCUGAGACCCAUGUCAGUAAUGUUUUUUCAUGAUUGUUUCAUUUUUCUUGGUCAUGAAUUUCCAUACAUUUCUGAAUAGUUUUGACAGGGAUCAGCCAAGAUUAUAGUUUCUACCUGUAAUGAAUGGAAAUAAAGUCAUUUACCUGAGAAAAUAGAA